CAGUCAUAUAUAGUGACGUCACAAAUCCCCCACUUGCGUGUGUUGCUUUUCCAAACAAACAUCUGGGCAUAGAGGCCCCAAUUGCCCAGUGAUCUUCUCUCCAGUAGCCAAGAGUUGUGGCGUGGAAAGCACACACGUGGACAGCCAGCUGUCUUUUACGCGGAGAAUGCGUGUCAGGAGUGCUGAGUGUCAGUGUUGAUUCCCUUUUGGAUUAAUUUGUGGUACUCCUUGAAGCAAGAGGAGUGAUUUCGUUCCCGGAUACUUGACAGCACAGUGAAAUGGCCCUUUUCUCAUGGCUGGAGAACCGCAGUCGCGGCUUCCGGCCCAGGAUUGGUGACACUGACCGCAUUUGCAGGAGCCUGUACUCUACCAUUGAGCCUUCGGAUGUUUGGGCGAAGCAGAACGUCAGCAAUCACCUCUGGGGAGGAGUCUACAAUCUGGAAUUUUCUCCGGAUGGGUCCACUCUUGUGGCAGCAUGCGAAAAGAGAUCAAUUGUUCUCUUUGCAACAAACACCUUUAAAGAGACUAAAAUCAUUCGACAGGCACAUUCAGAUUGUGUCAAUUGUAGUUUUCUCUUAAUUCAUGUUUCAUCGAUGUUUCAACGGUUUUUCCGAAAACUCUUCUCGUUUUUUUUCUGUCCAGGUUUAAUGAGAUGUCGGUUAACGCCGGAUGCCAGUAAACUGGUGAUCUGCACGACAGGAGGCUACAUGAUAAUAAUCCAUGAUCUCAAUCUGGAGACCCUGGCGGAAGACCUGCGGGGCUUCCGUCCCAAUUUGCAUAGACUGAUGCAGCUGGGCCGUCAGCUGAUCCCAUUCGCCUCGAGAUACCACCAUCUGUUCCUGCGUUCGCAGAAGAACAAUCGCGUGGAGCUAGUCAGUGAUUUUCCUGAGGGAAAUGAUGCCGAAGUCAUCAGUUCACUCCAAAUCCAUCCACACGGUUGGUGUGCUCUCAGCAGAAAUAUCAGCUACGACGAGAGCUCGGAAUUUACGUGUGUCCACGAUAUCCAGGACUUUGACACGGAUGAUGGGGAAGAGGAAGAGGAGGAGGAUAUUGAGAAGGUGCUGGAUUGUACGAUAAUCGAGCGGAGACUGAGAAUUCUCAGGCCGGAUUCGGCUCUCUAUCGACGAUACGCUGCGCGAUUGAGAGCCAUCCGGCAGGAAGGGGUCGGUGGAAUUGAGGGAAGGGUGACGAGUGAGGAUCUACAUCCGGAUAUUUGGGAGAUUCAGUGGCCUUUGAUGAAUAGAAAUACCCACCAUAUGAAUUCUUCCCACAGUCGCCUGGAACGGUUUAGAAGUGGUAUUGUUCCUGAGGAUGCACGUGCAAGUUCGGGCUCAUCCUCAAGUGCCGGAAGUGCUUCAGGAGGAGGAGCUUCCACGAGUGAUAUGCAGGUUGUCAGUGUGGCGGCGGCGAUAAUGUCUGGGCCGAGGAGUGAAGCUGAGAGAAGUGCUCUGGAGAAUAUGAUUGUGGAUUCGGGAGAGGAAUUUGUGAUGCCGCGGGAGGAGCAUGUACUGAUGUCAUCGAAACGGCGGAAGGUUCAGCAGAAUGCCAAGAGAAUGCUGUACUAUAUUGAGGAGCCAAAUAUUGGGAAGAGAUUCAUCAAGGAGCUGUGUUUCUCUGCCGAUGGACGCGUUAUUUGUUCACCGUAUGGCUUUGGCAUUCGUCUGCUCACUUUCAAUCGCGACUGCAGUGAACUGAGCUCAUGUCUGGAUGGGGAAUUGGAUGCCAGGGCGCAGAAACUCACGGAAUUGAAGGUGAUGAAGUGUCAUUCGGAUAUUGUGGUGAGCACAAAAUUCAAUCCCAGGCUACCACUUCUUGUCACGGGAUGUCUCAAUGGGAAGAUUGUGUGGCUGCAGCCGGUUCUCUGAGUCACAGGAAUCAUCCCCACAGGGCAGCUUCUGAUGCUGUACUUAAGUAUUUGAAGUCAUCGAAAGAGCGAAGUGGAAUAAAGAAUAAGUCUUCGAA